UUCAGGUUGGACGUGAAUCGCAUUUUUUUUUCUUUUUCUUUUUGAAAGUUAAAUAAAAAUAAACGUUUUAUUUUAAGCACAUUUUUGUUGUUUUUUAUGAACCUUGGUGAUUUAAGCUGCAUAAAUACAGUCAAAACAGUGAAAUAAACAGCAGCAACUACAUGCAAUCAACCCCAUGUGCCUUUUAAAUGAGUAAUGCCUUCGACAGUGCAGGACAAUACAGGUGAGGGAAGAAGGUAAUCUCAAACAGGAAGCCGUGACAGGUGAAUGAUCUUCUGGCCAUAACAGAAAACAAGACCGUACAAAGAACAGUAUCUGAAGGAAGAUGCCAGAGAGGGGAAGACGCGAUCAGAGUGGUGACGGCAAAAGCGGGGAUAAGCGCUACACGCACAAUCGAGACUACUCUGGGUAUGACGCCGAGGAGAGGGGCACUGCAGGUGACAGGAGGGCCGGAGAAAACAGACAGAGGGAUAUGACAACUGCCUCUCACAGACAUGAAGGAACCUCAAGACGGCCCAGAGAGACUUCAGGGGAUCUCUCUGAGAUGGAGUAUUACGAACCACAACCGAAGCCAGCGCUUUACAAUUUCAGAUACAUAUUAACCAGCAGAGGUAUCUGCCAGCUUGCAGAGGUGUUUGUGAACCUGCUUAUCAUAAUCUGUGCCGGGGUGCCUUACAGCAACAAUGGGGGUUACCGUGACCUGGCCAGCCUCGGUGGAUUAUACACUUAUUACUACGGUGGUGCCAGUGCCUUCACUGGAGUCGAUGCAAAGAGAGUGCAGGAGCUAGACCGGCUCUUCCAUGAGCUUAAGCGGCCUCCGUACAUCUUCACCAUGGCGGCUGGUGGAAUUUUAAUGAUCUACGCUUUUGCCAUGCUGGGCCUGGGGAUUUUCAGAGUCCCUUUCCGGUGUCCUCCUGUGCUGCUGGUUGAGGCUGUGCUGAGUUUCCUGAUCGGUCUGGGGUACAUCCCAGGAAUUGCCAUCUAUUUUAUCAAGCUGAAGGAAACCUAUGACAACCCCAUCUGUAAGGAGAGGGAGCAGAUGUACAAGAGCAAAGGGCACCAAGGGUUUGAUUGCAAGUAUAAUGGUACAGACAUUGCAGAGGGACUGUUUGGGGUCUUGGGGGUGGUUGUUUUCAUCUUUGGUGCAGUGUUAGCUAUCAGAGCUUUCAGGUCAGUGCGGGAGCUGAAAAAGCAAAGAACAAACCAGGAUGAUAAUUUUUAAGCUGCCUUUCCUUUUUUAUUCACAAGUGAACAAAAGUAGGAGUGAGAAAAAAAUCACUUUGACAGGAUUUUUUUUCUUGUCACUCUCAUUAGGUGUUACUUGUAUACAAGCUGUUUUAUACAUUUUUAUGCCUUGAUAGUGUUUUAUACACACCUAAUCUUUUUUUUCUUUAUACCUGUUUACCACAUCUUUCAUAUUUUCUAUGAUGUUGUAGUUAUAUUAAACUACCAAAAUAGUAUAAUAUUACAUGGUCAUCUGUCAUUGCAUUUAUCUGUGAAAGAGAUGGCUGAAACAGGCUGAACUGACUUCCUGAAAACAAAUGUCUUUGACAUUUUAAAAGGAAAUGGAGUUGAGUGUCACAUGGUUUCUUGUUAUAGUUUUAAAGCUUUUCUGAUGGCUUUGUUUUUUUCCCCCCUUUUCUUUUAACUUAAUGUGUUGAUUUAAAACACACACACACAUAAGUCUGAGAAAGACACACACUCUGUUCUUCUUAUAGCACUCACAAGAGAUAUAGUUAUUUUUAAUUAAAAUUUAUUCUCAGAAUUUGUCAACCACUUUACCUGAGCUUAGGAUAACUCAUAACUCUGAGCUUCACCAACAGAUGGGAUCUACUGUGAUUAGGAAUUUACAAAGUUAAAACAUUACAUAUAAUUCCACAGCAGCGGUCACUGUUUCUUCUCAUUUAUUUUCUUGAUCUGAGUAUUGAACAGGACAACACAUCAGCGAUAACCGCAUAACCUGCCCUUUUGGGCAUGGAUUAAGGGGUGAGAUUACAUAUAAAAAAUGCAAGGAUGCUAAUAAUUCUAAGAAUGUAAGAAAUUUUAAAGUGAUUUUGUUUUUUAUUGGGUUGAAAUAAACACCCUGAACUGGAUACGUGGAAGACGAUGGAUGGAUGGGUUGAUAUAACCAUUAAUAAUGAUAAGUAAAGUUGACACUGGACAAAAACAAAAAAAUUCACAG